GCUCUCUCAGGAGAACGGACUCAGUCGUAGCCGUGCGAUCGCGCUAGACGAUAUUUACCUGCUGCUGCUGCGCGCGCGGACGUCCGGUAGGAGCGCAGCUCCCUCGAAGAGAGUCCCCCGUCGGAAAAAAAAAUUGGGUUCGCAGGACAACCCGCACGCACGCACGCAACACGGCGAGAAACGCACACGAGAACAGCGCGCCAUGCGACAACCUUAGGAGUACGAGGGGACGAGAGGAUCCGGACAAGAUCUGCGAUCAAUAAGCAGCUAAAACCGUUCGAGAUGCUGUCAAAGUUCGUUAUUACAAUCUUGUUGCUCUGGGCGGCAAUUCCGAUUGCGCUGUCCCAGAGCAACUAUGCGUCUCAAGGCAACAGCAUCGAAUAUCAACCGGACCUGCCGCCGAGCACGGUCCUUGAUGGCAAGGUUACCAAGCUGGACGACAUCUCGCCGGUUAUAUUUCUAAAUCGAACGAAAGCGUAUCUAAACUGCGGUCAAGGUAGCAUGGAGGUCGAGCUCAAAUUCGAGGAGCCGUUUUACGGCGUGGCCUACGCCGAUUUCGAUCGCAACAGCGCCUGCAUAUUCAAAGGACGUGGCGCGACCACCGCCAAAUUGGAACUACCUCUAAAGGGAUGCGGCACAAAACAGGAUCCUCUGCGUGUGUUCACUAAUAACGUGGUCGUUCGUUUUCAUCCCGGAUUGGAAAUGGACGGAGAUGAGGUUAUCACUAUAGUCUGCAGAUAUCCUCCACCUAUUGCCCCGGCACCUCCUAAGCCGGAGAGAAUAUCGGCCACGAUAGCGCCCGUGCCAGUAACCGAACCACCGCUGAAGGGCUUCCAGAUCCUGUUGAUUAUCUGCGCCAUCUUAUUUCUGUCGCUGCUCCUGCUCGGUCUCGGUUGUUCCUACAUGUGUCUGAAACGUCGAAACGUGCGCGUGGUCCAUCGUCAUCCGUUUGAGAGCGGCACCGGUUCCGAGAUAACGAAGCUCUCCGGUUCGUCGCUCAGCAACAUCACCAUGUUCGAGGGUCUUAAGAUACCUCGCGCGCACGCUCUUCUUCACGCAACCGCCGCGUCCACGUCCGGUAGCGAGGCAAAUCUGGUGAUCGAUCAUUCCGACACGUUGCCGAGCGACUAUCCGAGCGAGAGUCAUUCCGAGGUGGACGAGGAACGUUCGCUGCCGGUAUCUUCCGCCGGAUCCUACGACAACAAAGCCUUUAUUCACGAUACUCAACGCCAGGUGGAAAUGCGUACUUCGAGUUCGUUGUAUUCCGAGACAGUCGCCGCAGAAGUGGAGACCUCCUCGAUGAUGGCCGCGAACUCUUCCAGGGUGAUGGUGCCGCGCCAUCCCGUGGCCAUUCCGAUUGAACCCAAGUUCGACGUGCAGAUGAGAGUCAAGAGAGCACCGCCACCGCCGCCGAGCCCGUUGCCGUCGGAGUCCGACAUAGCGAGCAUCGCGCUCGAGAGAAACCUGACGACCAUCCUUGAGAGAGAAGAAUCCACUCGCUCGAUGGAAAGUUCGCCUUACCGAAUGACAACCUUCUCUUACGUUCCCGAACUCCACGGGCCACCGGGAGGCGCCUCGUCCGUUUCCACUAUUUCUCGACAGCAAACACCUCCGGUCUAUUCUCGAAUUCUGCGCAAACAGGCGGAAAGAGAGACCACCGUGAUCCAAGAGAAAAUCCCGUCGACAACCGAACAACCGCCGUUGCAACAUCACGAGAUCCGGCGACCGAGAUCUUUGACUUCUCUGAAUACCGAACUCACCGAGACGCGCUCGCUGACGGAAGUGACGGACGCCUCUCAUGCCAAGUAUCGGAUCGCCAGCAUCCUGGCUCCAACACCGCCACCGCCGCCACCGAUAGCGCCGACCUCAUCGACUACCGCGACCCACACCGCCAUUCAACAUCGCGAGCACCGUUUGCUGCGCGAGGAAAUGACCGAGCCGCUGGUGGAACCGCAAGUGGUCGCGCCGCGUCGUCCGGAGAUCACCACGCACGAAGUGGACGAUGUGUUCCUGCGCACCGUUACGGAAAAGAAGACCAUCGAGGACGUGGAGCGCCAUUGUCGCCAGGUUACCGAGUAUCGCACGAGACCUCAACCCGAUCUCAAAUGGGACGUUACUAUUAGGAACUAUCCGACAGAGGAUUUGCCACCGCCACCGCCGGAAUGGGAGAAUUUCUCCGACGUCAGUUCGGCGUCAAAUCUGACUAUUACGAACGAGCCGACGAACAAUUUAAUGGAUGACGAACCGGACGUCAAUAUCGAACCGACUUACACAACGCGCGCCGAGAUUCCUAGACCGCCUCCUGCUCGUCGCUCUCUGGACGAUGCCGACGCUGACUGGUACAACAGACUAGCGCGCGUCCUGGACCCGCGUUACGCCACCGAGCUGACAGACGAAGAACGCACUAAAUGGCGCGAGAUCAUCACGACAGAGAGCACGCUCCGCACUCUGUUAACCGAGGCUGUGGUCAAAGAGGACUACGAGUUGAUACGCAAGGACGCGAGAUACGUCAAUCUCUUCCCGCCGGCGAAGUGGGACGUGAUCAUCCGCAUCUUGAGCCCACCGUCCGCGCACACCGGCUCUACCUCAUCCUCCAGCCACGGAAAGAAUCACAGAUACAAGCGAUCCAAGUCGUCGGAAUGGGACACCAGGUCCAGACGGUCUUCCCUUCCAACUCUUUACGAAUAUGAGAGCGAUGGCGGUAGCUCGGCGCGCACUUUAGGCCAGGGUCAUCAUCUUCAAACGUCACAGUCCGCCACGACCAUGGUCAGCGGACAGAGCGUUGGCCGUCUGCGGCGAUUGGGUGGCUCUAUUCGUUCGCGCGGAACCGUAGCUGGCACCGAGGCCGAUCUGAGAUCAAUGUCCGAGAUAACGGUCCGCGAUUUCGCCAGGUUGGACCGGGACGAUCUGACUAGCUUGAGUUCCUUCGAAGGAGCGGACUCACUGGUCAGAUCGCUCAGUCAACCUAGCCUGGCCAGAUCGGGCUCGGAAUUCACCGAGCACUGGGCCAUACCCUCCGGUAUUCUGGACCUGCCCCCAUGGACGACCGAACACGCGGAGGAUGGUACCAGCUCUAUAGAGACGACACCGAGACCGAUUAGAAGGGGCGACAGAUUGGAGGUCCUCGCCUCUUUCGACGACCACAGACGAGGUCCGUCCAUCACGAGAUCGAGUCGAUUCACCGAGCGGGAGCUUAACGUGCGCGUGACGGAAAGUCAAAGAGCCUCGGAUUGGUUCAACGAUAACAAUUCCGAGCCGGAGAUGCAGAUCUGAACGUAAUAAAAAAUCGUAGAUUCUCGAUUAGAGUUUCAACAUUCUCUUUAUACGAAAACGAUAUUUUGUUUUUUUUUUUUUAAUCUCGAUGUAGAGAACGUUUAUGAAUUUCAACACACACAGCAUCAAAUUUUAUGUCCACUUUAUUAAAUCGAAGAUCGAAGUAUAAUCUUUCGAUUCUUUCGAACAGAGUGAAAUUUUAUGUUUUUUCAUUUUAGAUUUUAAUUUAUACAAAAACGCGUCGCUCUAUGUAUAUCCUUUUUAUAGACACUUUUGUAAAAGUGCUCACGUGAUGCCCACGUAUUAUAAUAUAUACGAGUGGACGCGUCGCGCGCUUUUAUUUCGCUCUCAAGCGCUUCGUAUAUGAUCAAUAUCUUGCCAGAGGAAUGACGCCUAAAUGCACGCUACGUGGUGGCGUAUAAGAAAAUAACGCUCCGCGGCAGUCGGUAUAAAAUUCGUUUAUUUUCGCGGCAACUAUAUAGUUCGCGCUGCUUUCUUCUUUCCGUUUAUUAUAUAUCGCUGCCCUAUUUUCUUCGCGCGUCUCAUGGCCGUUCACUGCCACUUUUUCUUCCACGCGCGACAGCUCAAGGACUACAAACGUUCAACCGCGCGGAAUUUCCGAAUUGUUCCGGAUUUUUCAGGAAGAACACCGUCUCUCUGAAUCGUAUCCUGAAAUUUUUCGGGAAAUUCGGUCGCCUCCGUCUUCACACGUCACUCGAGAGAUUAACGCGAAACGCAGAUCGAACGCGAGAGUUUCGAUUUCGAGGCGCGAGUGAGUCUGCAGACUUUGGCGGUAUUAUAUACACGCACACAAUUUUUACGAAAAACUCCAAACAAAAAGCCCUCGUAUUGCCUUUUGUUACCAUCAUUUCGCCGCAACCGCAAAGUGAACCACAAUUGUGUUUGCGGAUAUGUACAUUCUCUAUAAAGCUGUACAACCACAAAUAUUUUGCACAACAAAGUAUGCCGAAAGUCUACCGAAAGUUAUACAUUUUAGUAGACUAAAUAAAAAAAAAAACAAAAAAAAAAAAACAAGAAAUGUGGUAAUUGUUUUAUAAUCGAUAUAGAAAAACACACUUGAAUUGUGACGCAAAA